AUGGACGAGCCCGGAUUUAUCGCAGCUGUGGAGGAGGCAAAGCUUGGCUACGCCGAGGGCGGCGUUCCGAUUGGCGCCUGUCUAGUAUCCAAGGACGGCAAGAUCUUGGGCCGAGGCCAUAAUAUGCGCGUGCAGAAGGGUAGCCCCGUGCUGCAUGCUGAGAUGUCUGCGCUCGACAACUCUGGCCGUCUUCCUGCCUCCGCCUAUGAGGGCGCUACUAUGUACACUACCCUCUCGCCAUGUGAUAUGUGCACCGGCGCAUGCCUUCUCUACAAGGUGAAACGUGUGGUCAUUGGUGAAAAUUUGAACUUCAUGGGUGGAGAAGAGCUCCUCAAGAACCGCGGCAAGGAAGUUGUUGUCGUGGAUAAUCAGGAGUGCAAGGACUUGAUGGCCAAGUUUAUGAAGGAGAAGCCGGAGCUUUGGAACGAGGACAUCGCUGUUUGA